UUCAUGUAUAUUGUUUAGCAUUUUCAGGUCUAAUAAAAUGUUCUUACGGUGUACAUUGGCAAUUCCUAGGCAUAUCUUGCUUAGGCAAUUACCCACGAUACAAAAUGCAGUUAAUAUAUCAUCUACUGCUGCUAAUAAAGCUAUGUUUAAUGUUCAAGAUGAAGAGGAUUUUCAGAAGCGAGUUAUUGAUUCUGCAACACCAGUAAUUGUUGACUUCCAUGCCAGCUGGUGUGGUCCGUGCAAGCUGCUGGCCCCAAGGAUUGAGAAGGUCAUAGCUGGCAAGGGUGAAAAAGUACAUCUGGCAAAGGUUGACAUUGAUGACAUCUCGGAUGUUGCUCUGAAAUAUGGGGUAUCCGCAGUGCCCUCAGUGAUAGCCAUCAGGAAUGGCAAGGUGGUUGACAAGUUUGUGGGCCUCCAAGAAGAGAACCGCAUAGAAUCUUUUAUCAAUGGAGUUAUUGCCGAGUAGAAAAAAUCAAAACCUAGAUUUCCCUUAUAGAUAUCAUCUACAUUUGUUUUGAAAUGAUAUGCUCAUUAGAAUAGUUCUACUGAAGAUUCUAGUGACAUUGCCUGUGAUUUACUAAGCUGUCAUCUUGUAUGCUAUGAAUAAUAUUGGUCUAGGCUUGACUGGUCGCAUUUAUUGUGCCACAGUAAAAUUGUAUGAAUUUAGUGAUCUUCAGUCAUUUCGAUUUAGAGAUGCUAUGUAUCUCAAACAUUAUGAAUGUAGCUCGACUGUUACUAUGAUGAUAUUCGAUAUUUAAGCUCGUAUGUUUACCAUGGUGAAUUCUAGGGUGGAAACUGCAAAGUCUUGUUCUUUGAAAAGCUGAAAUUCAUUUCAGAACAUUGUUUAUUUCCUGUAUGAAAUGAAUGAAGUCACAAACAAUUUGCCAUCCCGGUGACUGAGCCAUAAAUUUGUUUAUGCCUGUCUUAUAUUUUUUGUGGCCAACAUUAACUUUCAUUAUGUUUGGUUCAUUGGUUUUGUUGAAGGAAAGAUUAAAUUUUUAUUUCUAUCUCUCCUAAUAUUUGUCUAUUCUAUGAUUUUCAUCUGUAAGUUUCGUGAACAUUUCACCACAUUUUUUAUCCAAAGCAAUCUUGAUGAAAUUAUGGGUAUAGCCUCUGCUGAUGAAAUUCAUACACCUGUUUUUUGCCUUGUUUUGGUUACUUUAUUAACAUGGAAAUAAUUCAUUUUAAAUUUUAAAGAACCACUUUUUAUAGAAUCACUUGAUUCAGAAUUUAUCAUUUACCUGAUGUUAGCUUUCAUUAUUUGCUGCUGUUUGAAACCAGUUAAUUUGAACUUUGAAUUUUUAUAUGUAUCAAUGUUUCAUUGAAUUAUAGUAUGUUUUCUAUUCCAUAUUGAUUCUUGAAAGUUGUUAUCUCUUGUGGAGUUAAAUAGUGAAGCAAUGAUGUAGUGCAGUGAAAUGGCAAGUUAUCAUGUCAUGAUACCUAGAUUCUGCUCUCCACUUCUGCCUUACUAUUCUAAUGAUGUCACCUACGAUUUACUUCUCACCUGUCAAUUGAUAAGGAAGUUUCUCUAACUGCGUCUUAUCUGCGUUUGCUUCCAACCAUAUAUAUAACUGCUGACUAGAUGUUUUGAUUACGUAUGAGUUGCUUACUUAGGUCAUAUAACAGCCAUUUCAAAUGAUGUUUUUUUUUCUGCAGAAAUAGUAUCAGACAGAGAUAAAAAGAUUUAUAUUGAUGUUUAAGUAAGGAGCAAUUAAUAUGAUAGUUGACUUGAAUAACUUGAAAGGUUGUGCUAAAUAAUAUCUUCAUUUGUUCAUAUCAUUAAUGUCACAAAUGGAGAUGUAAUAUUCAUGUAGUAAACUUCCAAAGUUGAUGUUAACGAAAUAAGUGAACUUCUGAAUGAUACUGCUCGUUCUGUAUGAUUUUCCAAGCAACUGUCAUACCAAUCUUUGUUAUUCUGUGUGUUGAACGAGCCAUAGUUUUGUCUCAACGACCUUAAAACCUUCUGAAAAUACUCCAGUUAUCGACUGAUGUCGGCUUCCCACUUUCAGUAACCUUUCACUUCCUAUAACCUCUCACUUCCUAUAACCUGUCACUUCCUAUAACCUGUCACUUCCUAUAACCUGUCACUUCCUAUAACCUGUCUCUUCCUACAACCUCUCACUUCCUACAACCUCUCACUUCCUACAACCUCUCACUUCCUACAACCUCUCACUUCCUACAACCUCUCACUUCCUACAACCUCUCACUUCCUAUAACUUCGCACUUCCUCAGCUCAACUGUUGUACCUACUCAUUAGCUUGAUUAGUCAAGUCACAUCUGACCUUUCGGUCUUUCAACAUUUUGUUGGCUGUCGUCCUAUCUUGAUAUUUCGUAUCUUGGAUAAACUGGGCAGAACCAGGUGCAUGAGGCAUUUAAAAGUCUCGUGGUUGGUUUAUAUUUUCCGUUACGGUACUGUCUUUAUGAUGAAUUCAAUUCAUUGUUUCGGUAGUGAUGAGAUUUACGUUUUUUCUGCUAUUUGUAGAACUGAACGACGGAAUGAAAUGUUUUCAGCAGCUCAAUCAUCAAGCGAUGUGUAAGUAAAAGAUAUGUAUCAUAUAUCUGUGUUUAUUAGCUAUAAUUAUCGUCAUUUUUGCCAAUGUACUUAUCAUUUUGUCACUGUAUUAUAUACUCACCUCCA